AUGGCCAGAUCAAAAUCCACCAACACUGCACAGCCCGCGGCCCCAUCAAAUCAACUCCAAUCCAAAACUCUCAUCUUCGACAACGGAGCACACACAAUCAAAGCAGGCUUUUCCACCCCCAAUCCAUCCCCCGAUGACUGUCAGACAAUCGCAAACUGCAUCGCCCGCUCGCAGCGCGACAAAGUGACCUACAUCGGACAAGACCUCGACACAUGCGGAGAUUUCGGUGAACUGCAGAUCCGCAGACCGGUGGAGAAAGGCUAUAUCGUGAACUGGGAAGGCGAAAAGGCCGUUUGGGAGAGGACUCUCCACGACAAGAGAAGUUCCCUGCAAUGCGAUCCGCACGAGACGAAUUUGAUCUUGACGGAAGCGUCGAAUGCUCCGCGGGCGUUGCAGAGGAAUGCGGACGAGAUGGUCUUUGAGGAAUUUGAGUUUGGGUGUUUGUGGAGGGUUGGGGCGAGUUGCUUGAAUGCCUGGGCGCCGUCGCCGUUCACUAAAAACUCGAACGAUGGAUGUGAAGUAAAGACUACACCGCUGGAAUGCUUGUUGGUGGUAGAUGCGGGCCAUUCACAUACUAUGAUCACGCCACUCUAUCAGGGCCGCCCGCUUCACCCCGCUUGUCGAAGAUUGGAAAUAGGCGGCAAGACCUUGACGAAUUACCUGAAAGACAUGCUCAAUAGACAAUACGACAUGCACCGCGAAGAAUGGAUCUGUCAGGAGAUCAAAGAAGAUGCCUGCUACGUGGCUCCUGAUUCCACAACUUUCGCUUCCAACCUGGAGAAAGUCUGGAAAGGUGGACAGAAAGACCCUCGAGAAAUCGAUUCAAGUAUUGUGGUAGAUUAUGUUCUACCGGACUACGAACAGCUGAAGAGAGGAUUCGCGAGACCUCAUGAUCCGAGCAAGGGGGCGAAGUUGAGGAGGUUGGGCAUUGGAGGGCAGAGUGAGAUGGUUCUCCCGGUUGGGAAUGAGAGAUUCACUGUUCCGGAGCUGCUUUUCACGCCGAGCGAUGUCGGGAUGCAGCAAGAUGGUAUCGCCGGAACCAUCAUGCAGAGCUUGCACGCUCUACCGAAGGGCUUAUGGCAGCCGUUCCUUGCCAAUGUGGUCGUCGUGGGUGGAACAAGCAAAUUCCCUGGCUUCGUGGAGAGACUGGAGGCCGAUCUUAGGUCAAGAAUUGACGAGGACUAUCUCGUCCGCGUGGCGAAAGCAGCAGAUCCGUUGAAGAAUGUCUGGCUUGGAGGCGCAAGGCUGGCUCAGAACGAAGACUUGCUCAAGUCUUUGGUGGUGACAAGAGCCGAGUACCUGGAACAUGGCGAUCUCUGGACAAGACGAAAAUUCGCGGGAAGAUUGGGCAGAUGA